UGGUGGGGGGCGUGGCAUCCGAGGGCGGGGUCGCGCUGCGGGGUGCUGGCCCAGCGGCCGCGGAUCCUGGGCUGAGGGAGUGAGGGGUCCUCGCUGAGUGAAGGCCUCGCGGCCGUGCCCUGUGAUGGAGCGGGCGAAGAUGGCGGAGGAGAGCCUGGAGACGGCGGCGGAGCACGAGCGGAUCCUGAGGGAGAUCGAGAGCACAGACACGGCCUGCAUCGGGCCCACGCUCAGGUCUGUCUAUGAUGGUGAGGAACAUGGACGAUUCAUGGAGAAGCUAGAAACUCGUAUCCGCAAUCAUGACCGAGAAAUUGAGAAAAUGUGCAACUUUCACUACCAGGGCUUUGUGGACUCCAUCACUGAACUGCUGAAAGUGCGGGGGGAAGCCCAGAAACUCAAAAACCAAGUGACGGAUACUAAUAGAAAGCUGCAGCAUGAGGGAAAGGAACUGGUAAUAGCAAUGGAAGAGCUGAAGCAGUGUCGACUGCAGCAGAGAAAUAUUUCUGCCACUGUUGAUAAGUUAAUGCUGUGUCUUCCAGUCCUUGAGAUGUACAGCAAACUGAGGGACCAGAUGAAAACCAAAAGGCACUAUCCUGCCCUGAAGACUCUGGAGCAUCUGGAACACACCUAUCUGCCUCAAGUGAGCCACUAUCGGUUCUGCAAGGUGAUGGUGGACAACAUCCCCAAGCUUCGGGAGGAGAUAAAGGAUGUUUCUAUGUCUGACCUCAAAGACUUUCUGGAAAGCAUCCGCAAGCAUUCAGACAAAAUUGGAGAGACUGCCAUGAAGCAAGCUCAACAGCAAAGAAACCUGGAUAACAUUGUCUUGCAACAGCCUAGAGUAGGUAGCAAGAGAAAAUCUAAGAAAGAUGUUUAUACAAUCUUUGAUGCAGAGAUGGAGAGCACAAGCCCAAAGUCUGAACAGGACUCAGGAAUUCUGGAUGUCGAAGAUGAGGAAGAUGAUGAAGAGGUACCUGGGGCUCAAGACUUGGUGGAUUUCUCUCCUGUAUAUCGGUGUCUGCACAUAUAUUCUGUUCUGGGUGCCCGAGAAACGUUUGAAAAUUACUACCGAAAACAGAGGCGAAAACAGGCUCGUUUGGUUCUCCAGCCUCCCUCAAACAUGCAUGAAACUUUAGAUGGCUACAGGAAGUAUUUCAAUCAAAUUGUAGGCUUUUUUGUUGUUGAAGAUCACAUUUUGCAUACAACCCAGGGCUUAGUGAAUAGAGCUUACAUUGAUGAACUGUGGGAAAUGGCACUUUCAAAGACCAUCGCAGCAUUGCGCACCCACUCGUCCUACUGCUCUGAUCCAAACCUUGUGUUAGAUUUGAAGAACCUCAUUGUACUCUUUGCUGACACACUUCAGGUGUAUGGUUUUCCUGUGAAUCAACUUUUUGAUAUGCUUUUAGAAAUCAGAGACCAGUAUAGUGAGACUCUGUUGAAGAAGUGGGCGGGUGUUUUCAGAAACAUACUUGACUCUGACAAUUACAGUCCCAUACCAGUAACGAGUGAAGAGACAUAUAAAAAGGUUGUAGGACAAUUCCCAUUUCAAGACAUAGAACUGGAAAAGCAACCAUUUCCCAAAAAGUUUCCUUUCUCUGAAUUUGUGCCAAAAGUUUACAACCAGAUUAAAGAGUUUAUCUACGCCUGCCUGAAGUUUUCAGAAGAUCUUCAUCUAAGCUCCACUGAAGUUGAUGACAUGAUCCGUAAGUCUACAAACCUGUUACUGACCAGGACUCUGAGCAACUCUCUGCAGAAUGUCAUUAAGAGAAAGAACAUUGGCCUUACUGAGCUUGUCCAGAUUAUCAUCAAUACAACACACUUGGAGAAGUCCUGUAAAUACCUGGAGGAAUUCAUCACCAAUAUCACUAAUGUACUUCCUGAGACGGUCCACACCACCAAGCUCUAUGGCACCACAACUUUCAAGGAUGCUAGACAUGCAGCUGAAGAAGAGAUAUAUACAAACUUAAAUCAGAAGAUUGACCAGUUUCUGCAGCUGGCUGACUACGACUGGAUGACAGGGGACCUAGACAACAAGGCUAGUGAUUACCUCGUUGACCUCAUUGCCUUCCUUCGGAGCACAUUUGCUGUAUUCACGCACCUUCCUGGAAAGGUGGCCCAGACAGCCUGUAUGUCAGCUUGCAAGCAUUUAGCCACAUCCUUGAUGCAACUGUUGUUGGAAGCAGAAGUAAGGCAACUCACUCUGGGAGCAUUGCAGCAGUUCAACCUGGAUGUCAGAGAAUGUGAACAGUUUGCCAGAUCCGGCCCGGUGCCUGGGUUCCAGGAGGACACGCUGCAGUUGGCCUUCAUCGACUUGAGACAACUAUUGGACCUCUUCAUUCAAUGGGAUUGGUCCACAUACCUUGCUGACUAUGGACAACCCAACUGCAAGUAUCUCAGGGUGAACCCUGUGACAGCGCUGACCUUGCUUGAGAAGAUGAAAGAUACUAGCCGCAAGAAUAACAUGUUUGCACAGUUCCGGAAAAAUGAGCGUGACAAGCAGAAAUUGAUUGACACUGUGGCCAAGCAGCUCCGAGGACUCAUCAGCAGCCACCAAUCCUGAAUGCUGGCCUUGGGCCCACAGAGGCCGUUUGCCGUAGCCCAUGGUCCAGGAUCUCCCCUGGGCUGGCCCUGCAUUUGUGCAUUCUUCCUCAAAGAGAGCAUAUGUAUUUUUAUAUUAACACCUGUACAGUAUUCACAUAACCUUUCCCUAUAGUAAGAGAGGAGCAUGAGAGGCUUAGGGGAAGUUACUGCCAUUUUUUCUGUGUUAUCCUGGGAAGGAUGCACUGUCAGUACUAACACGAUGAGCUGCCUCUAAUCCAGGGCCCCACAAAUUCAGUGGGCACCUGGUACUGGGAGUUGAGAUGAGGAAGUAAAAGAGUAAUAAUGUGUAUCCUGUUUGCUCUCAAGUGCUCGCUUAAGUGCAUAGGAGAGCCUGGCAGACAUACCUAUGUACUAUACCAAAGCCAGCCUUAGUUUAGGAUAUCCAUCUGCCUCAUUGGCUGACAUUGGCUCAUAAGGAUAUGCCAUGUGGCAAGAUGACAGCUUCACUGUGGUCCCCAUAGGUGGCAGUUUCGUUAAUGGAAUCUAACCCAGCCUUGUGGCUGGAGAGAGGUAGUUAGCUGAGUAAACACUUGGGCCCAUGCUGAAAAGCAAGUUCCCCCAUGGGUAAAUUGGUUUUCUGGAUUUUGAAAGCCAAUUUGGGUCCCCAAGGACCCUGUCCUCCUUUCCACUUAUCUCUGUCCCUUCUUUCAUGACUUGGUUCAUAGCAUAGAUCAGCAGUGGUUUCUGAAGGUCCCAGAGUGAGAGUCUCACAGACUCACACUUGCUUCCUGCAGCAGCAGCUCUAAAUGGUCAGAUUCCCCCCCCCCCCCAAGCCUGAAAACAUCCUGGGUGCCUUCACCUUGGGUAGAGCCUGAUGACUUCUUGAGAUUGCUCACUCAUGUUUAAACAACAGCCUUCUGUCCCAAGUUCUACACCGUGGGCACAGCCUUCACAGGACUAGAUGCUCUGGGCUAUCACCAUGAGGUAGACAGGGUCAGCUAUUGCUGAUGGCUUAUUUCCUGUGGCCCAGCUAUCAUCAACUCAGUUACAUUAUUAUAAUUAUAGAGACAAAGCUUGUCUUGCUCAAGCCCAGGGCUCCCAUCUUCUGAGCUGUCCCUUGGCCUCACACAGGAGUGCUUCCUGGAGUCUGAUCUAGCCUGGGCCAGCUACAUAGACUCCUGAGACAAUGCAAGGACUUCACUGUGAUAUUGGUCAGAGGGGUCUACGCCCUCAGACAAAUGUGGAAGCUGUUAGGCGGCUGCUGAAAGUAUAAUUGCAUCAUGGAACACUAACCCAGAUGCCCAAGAGUGUUUCCAGCUUCAGUGAUGAGCAGAGAAACUGGCCAAGCCCCCUCUCAUUGCCCAUGUCACCUCCCAUGUACUUCUUUCUGUAUCCGCCAAGUCACCGUCUUGGCGGUCUAACCCCAUCUAGAGUACUCCCUACCCUUACUAUAGCCAUCUUGAACACCAACAGGAAGAGAACACUACACAGAGGUACAGCUUUCUAUAACUGGAGAGUACAAGCCACUCAGGUGCUCUGCAGAUGCCUGCAAGUCUCAUCCUUGGGCUACACAAUGGUGCAGAGGUUCAGGAGGAGAAUCUCAUAAGAGCACCCAAAACGUGACUAGCCAAGGGAAGACAGGGGCCUGCGGGAAAGAAGACAAGAUGGCAUCUCCAAGGCCUGGAUUUGUUGAAAGGGCUGAGAAGUGACUCAAUAACCUGAAGUUCUGCUGACUGAGAAGGAGAGAAAGGCCCUUUGCCUGUGUGUCUGCCUUCAGUGCAGUAGAGAGACUACUGGGCUGUCACAGCAUUUGUCCUUUAGACUCCAUCUUGCUGCUCAUCUAGUCUCCACAUCUGCCCCAGAGGAACGGUCAUAGAGUGAAUGAAAACUGGUGGAGUGACAGGACCAUGCUACCUUCCACAGCAGAGUCAUGCUGAAGGAAAUCUCAUGCAAUCUCAGGGUGUGUGAGGAUUUCCACUCGACUUUUCUCUUCCAGCCUCCACAUCUGCCUGCAUUGUUUCCUAAUAAAAAGCAGCAUGUACUUCUGAGCUGUGAAAGCCAGGGACCACGUUGUCAAGGUGAUUAUGAAUGGAUGAAGUAGAACGCUUUUUUAUAUAUAUAUAUAUAUCCAUAAGGCCUAAAGCUGAGCUGGCCUUGAGGACUUGAGCACAGUAUGCAUGCCUGUAGGCCUCAAACUCUGUGACCUUACCUCAGAUGCCUGCAGACACACAUAUCCUGAAGAGUCUCAGGUGGGGUGACAUACUGCUGCCUGGAGGUGUGGCCUUCCAACCAGAUCCAUAUCUGUGUAGACAGUCUGUUUUGUGAGCUGUGGUUAGGCAGAGGCUCACUAGUUUUUUACCAUUCAUGGAAAAAAAAAUCUCUCAGUGCAGGUGACUCUGAUGUGGGUGGAGAACAACAGGGCCUGGGCGUGGGAACCCACAGAGUCCCUGUCAGGAAAAUGAGUAUCUCCCGGUGACUCUACCAUGCACCAGGCCCAACAGUCCGUCUAGCUCCACAACACCCAGCUCAGCGGGUCCCCGUCCCAGGGGUGGCACUGGACGAGGUUCCUACUCAGAUCUCUGACUGCAGACUCAGUUAGUUUCUCCAGGCCUCCUCCAGGCUGCUUUUGCCAUGCCCUCCUCCCUCUACCCCUCCGUUCCUUUUAUUCAUCUGCAUUUUAGUCACUCUUCACUGAUGUGAUGGAAAUAGCCUUUUCAUCUUGCACAGUUCCACGUUUGUGGGAGAAACGCAGUGGGGUCCAUCUGUACCUCUCACGCCCACUAGGAAAGCAGCUCUGCUGAAGGCAUCCGCAUAAGGGGGCUCCUCUGUGUAAAGAGCAUGUGUAUCCCAUUCCCCUGUACACGUUCCUCUUUUAACUGCUAUUAAAUAUGAGAACCU